AUGCUCAAUCGUACCCAGAGUUUCCAAAAUUGUAGAGAGACAGAUGUGCCCGGCUACAACGACUGUCCAAAUUUCAUAAUUCCGUCAAGGAGGCAUACUGGGACGGGCAUGAAGAAGGCAGCAUCCAAUAGCCAGAUAGAUACGUUUGGUAGUACCAAAGUUGCGACAGCUCCCCCGCCAAUAAUGAGAAGACGAGUAACCAGCCACGGAAUCACUUUGUCUGAGGGUGCCUCGACGUCACCAGAACCCUGCAAACCAAAAUCUGAGAUAUGGCAUGAACUGGACGCGGUUUUGGCACGGGACACCAAACUAUCACCUGCUGAAUUUCUAUACUAUAAAAAUAAACUUCUGGCAGGAGUCGACAAGACCUUGGAUCAGGAACACGGGCGACAACUUAUGGGCCAAGCCUUAGCGUCACUGCAGGAUAAAGAAAAAGUAUACAAAUUACUUGCAGACUGGAUGAUGGCGGAUACGUCAACAAGCACAUGGAUUCCGUCGCUGCGGAAAAUUGUGGCUAACUUGAAAUAA